ACAGCUGUGAGCAAUAUAUCUGUUGAUAAUCACUUCUGGGUUACAUGUCUUUGUGUACUUUUCUGGGUACUGUGUCUACUUUCACUUUCAACAGAAAAGAAAACUGUGAAAUAACCUAUUUUGUUUUCAUUCUGUUAGGAUUAAUAUUCCAAGACAGGUGUGAACGGAUUAUACUCUUAGACAUUCCUCACUUCACAAUACCCAACUAAAAUACUACGAAGAUGGGAAAUCCAUUUUCUAAAGAGACUGAAGCAGAGUCCAAACAGGAAAACAAUUCUCGCCAAGAGGAGAUAACUCAAAAUGAGGAGAAUGAAUCUGAUACAAGCAGUGAAGAGACACACGGGUCUCCUCCGGGCAGUACAGCAGACACUAGGACAUCGCCACCCUACCAACAGUUCUCACAAACGGCUCCAAAUAUCUCUACAUAUAACAUGCCUUACAGCUUUGGAUCUACAGCUGGAUUGCUGUCAGGAUACAGUCAUUAUAGACCAGUCCAUUCUUUUCCUGGACAAGGUACACAGCGAGCACGACCGUCACCGUAUGGACACUUCAGUUCUUCGUCUUCACAAUCACCAGCGACCGUGACCUCCGAGCUCGGCAGGGACUUUGCCGAUUAUUUCAACAACCCACAGAAUGUUGCAGGUCCACCUCUUGCCUAUACGAACUACCCAAAUACGACGUCUGGCGCCGUGUCCAGCUCUCAGACAGGCGUCGACAUAACAACAACAGGAGAUAUUCAAUUUUACGAAACCUUUCAAUAUUGUGGGAGAGAUGACUGUCCAUACAGCUGGCAUGUCCCACAUUACCACUGCAAUCAUCCUAACCACCCGACCUGUGAAUAUAUAUCGAAGAUACCAUCAGACACAAAGCGGCACGUGAAGCUCCAUGAUGAUAACGAUGACCUCAUUGCACACGGAUUCAAGAGGUAUACUAAGUAUGAAAACUGCUCAGUUGAUGGCUGUCUGGAAUCGAAAAGAUCUAUUCACACCCACUGCCUUACAGAAGGCUGUCAUGAGAUCAUUCGCUACAGCAAACAGCUGACGCCUCACAAGCAAAAACAUGAUCUGGAGCAUUUCAAACUGACGUACCUGUACCAAGAUUUAAUUUCCAGACCAAUCUCACCUGGAAAUGACACACCAGCCACGCCAAAAGGUGCCAAUCCGUUGCCAUCGGAACAACAGUACCAACCUUCAACGCCAUUAAAACAAAUGAUAAAAGAAGGCCAAAUGUCGUCUUCAACUGGUCAAAACUGGAGUGAUCCAUGCCCAAUACCAGACAACUCGGCUGAAUCGGCUUCAUCAGUAUCGGGCGCCGUGAUGCCAGGAUACAAGACUUCCACCCAAACGAGUCCAGACAUGUCCUCAUCCGAUGAAAGCGAUAGAUCGUCUGCGCACUAUGUGGAUGUCUCAGAUGAUGAAGAACCUGAGACGAGUCCUUCAGCUUCCGUCUCCAUACAGUCUUCUCCAACGCCUAUUAUGUCACGAAAAAUCACAUCAGCAACAGCCUAUAGAAAACCAUCAACAAACCAGCCUGCUGCUUCGGCGUCUUAUGCCUUGGAUUUUGAUAAUCUGGGUGCAAAUGCUGAUCGACCGCAUUCAACAACAGAACCAGAAUCGUCGUCAGAAGAUAGGAUGAUCGAGGAUCGUGAAAGAGAGAAAAAGACCAAACGCGAUAAAAAGCGGAUCGUUGAAGAAAUGAUCUCAGCCCUGUCCGGUAAGGACACACCAUCUGCAUCUAAUAAGCAGGACCAUUCGUCAACGUUAUCGCACAACCAGAAGAGAAAACAUCCAUCAGAGGAACCGCUAGACAGAAGUCCAAAGAAGUCCCAUAAUUACCAAUAAGUUAUGCCGAUGAUAAGCGCUAGAAACUGAAAGGGAACUAGAUGCCGUUCCCCUUACAAAUCGUCGGCUCUCCGACGAAAGGGCGAAUAUGCAGUUUUGUCAAAUUACAUAAUAACGUUAUAAAAAUUUGACGUUUUUAAAAAUGAUCCUAUUUGAAACUGAUAUCAUAAAAUCUCAUGAAAUUUUGACAGUCGUUAAACUGAGCAUCCUGUAUUUUAAUUCCAGAAGGUUUCACGUGAUUCUGCAUAUUUUUUCUAUUAACUAGAGUCUAUUUAAAAUGGUAAGUACAUAUUCGCCCUUUGUGAAAUAACAUAUCAUUCCAUUUUGAUGAUUCGACCACGAUUUCCCUUUUUGAUGGAUAUUGUCUAGCUUGGCUGCAAUGUAUUCAGCCUCUAUUCUUUAACAAUUUGACCGGCCUCAGUGGUAUAAUGAGUAACUUACGGCUGGUAGGUACUGGGUUCGCAUCCCACUAUCGGCUUCCACACAGAACAAAUUCUCUAAAUGAAUUAAUGAAUGAUUAACAACACCCCAGCACAAAAAUACACACCAGCCAUUGGGUGUCAAACAAAGGUUAAGUACAUGAAUGAGUUCUCUGUUUAACAACCGACAACUACCCUGUCCUAGACAGACCACCCAGAUAGUGAAGGUGUGUGUCCAGGGCAUGGUGUUUUAAUUUUAAUAUAAGCAAGGAAAAAUCAAAGUUAAAAUGAAUUAAUGUAACCAUAUUCUAACGAUUUUGGUCUAAAAAUGAAGCAGUUAUCAUGUGGCUGGCAAUUAAUGAUCCAAUAUUAAAACAUACAACGCAGUUUAAUUAUAGAACAAGAAAUGGACAAUGAGUAACUUACACGACCCGUUUGAUGGCUAUACAUGAUCAUAAUAAUGAAUUUUGUGGCAACUUUAUUAAGAAGACAUUUAACAUGAACAUCAAUACGUCUUAUUUCUGCAUUGUCAUAAAAUAGCAAACUAGCAAUUAAUAGCAUUGAAAAAACUAAAAAAUACAACACUUCACUGAA